UCCAAAUGGGUAGGAUGUGAGGAGGAGGACAAAUGUCUGAGAAUAAUUGAAGUAGAAGGCAUCAAUCCUCUCAGAAAACGACAGCCCCAGAAGUGUCCCCGGCGUCAACCAACUAAUCGAAUUUGGUGGAAGAUGGAGGUAGGGUUCCUGGGGCUGGGAAUAAUGGGAAAAGCCAUUGCCGUGAAUCUUCUCCGCCAUGGCUUCAAGGUUACUGUUUGGAACAGAACUCUCUCUAAGUGCGAUGAACUCGUGGAGCAUGGUGCUUCUGUUGCAGAAACUCCUGCAGCAGUAGUUAACAAGUGCAAGUACACCUUUGCAAUGUUAUCUGAUCCUUCGGCUGCUCUUGCGGUUGUGUUUGGCAAGAAUGGCAUUAUUGAGCAUAUGUCUGGUGGAAAAUGUUACAUCGACAUGUCUACAGUCGAUGCUGGUACUUCUUCACAGAUUAGUGAGGCGAUUACAAAGAAAGGUGGUUACUUCCUUGAGGCGCCUGUUUCAGGAAGCAAAAAGCCUGCAGAAGAUGGUCAGCUAGUUAUACUUGCAGCUGGGGAGCAGGCAUUGUACAAUGAAGUGAUUCCAGCUUUUGAUGUCAUUGGAAAGAAGUCUUUCUACUUGGGCCAGGUUGGAAAUGGAGCAAAAAUGAAACUCGUCGUGAAUAUGAUAAUGGGCAGUAUGAUGAAUGCAUUUUCUGAGGGACUUGUUCUUGCUGGUAGAAGUGGACUGGAUCCUUCUGUUCUUCUUGACGUUUUGGAUCUGGGUGCUAUUGCAAAUCCAAUGUUUAGGUUGAAAGGACCUACUAUGAUUCAGAGCAGCCAUUCACCUGCAUUUCCUUUGAAACACCAGCAGAAGGACAUGAGAUUAGCUCUUUCCCUUGCCGAUGAGACUGCUGUAUCAAUGCCAGUAGCUGCCGCAGCUAAUGAGGCGUUCAAAAAGGCUAGAAGCAUGGGGCUAGGGGAACUUGACUUCUCAGCUGUGUAUGAGAUUGUCAAGGCUGUUGAACCUCCCUCUCAGAUCAGCUAGGCGAGCUCUCUGUCUUAUAAUGCAUGGUUUUGUAAGCAUACACUAUUGUUCUUCUGUAUCAUAACCAUUAAAUUUCCUCAUAGACAAAUGAUUGUCACAUAUAAUUUAGAUGCAAAUAAUAGCCUUGCAGCUACCCACCACACUAUUCACUUUA